CUCUGCGGUCACCGCGGUGGAGUCAGGGCUGGUUCGGGUCUGGGGGCAGCGCGAGGAUGAGGAGCCCCUGCAGGAGCUGCAGGCGGGGCCGGGGCUGUGCCGGAUGCGCCAGGACCCCACGAGGCCGCACGUGGUGGGCACGGGCGGGAAGGAGAACGCGCUCAAGGUGUGGGACCUGCAGCGACCCCAGGAGCCCCUGUUCCGGGCCAAGAACGUGAGGAACGAUUGGCUGGAUCUGCGCGUGCCAGUCUGGGAUCGGGACCUGCAGUUCCUGCCGGGGACGCAGAAAAUCGUCACCUGCACGGGGCACGGACAGGUGCGUCUCUACGACCCCUCCUGUCCCCGGCGCCGCCCGGUGCUCGACGCCGCCUUCGGGGAGGCUCCGCUGACGGCGCUGGCGCUGCCCGAGGGCAACACCUCGGUGGUCGUGGGCAGCGCCCGGGGGGACGUGGCCGUGAUCGACCUGCGCAAAGGGCGGGUCCUGCGGGCGCUCAAGGGCUUUGCCGGGGGGGUGCGGGCGCUGCAGAGCCACCCCCGGCUGCCCCUCGUGGCCUCGGUGGGGCUCGAUCGCUUCCUGCGCCUGCACCGGCUGGACGGGCGCCUGAGCCACAAGGUGUACCUCAAGUCGCGCCUCACCUGCCUCCUGCUGAACACACACCUGGACUGGGAGGCCCAGGAGGAGCCCCCUCCCCAAAAAGGGGUGAAGGACGAGGAGGGGGACGAGCUGUGGGACGCGCUGGAGUCCAUCCCCACCCCCAAAAAGGGCAAAAAAAGGAAAAUUUCGGGGAUUUGAGGGGUCCCAGGACCCCCCAAAACCCCCCUAAGCCCCCUGCCCUGCUGUAUAUAAGGUCCAAAAUGAGGGAAAUAAAUGGAAUUUUGGGGUUUUUGGA